ACUGCUCGGUAUCCGCAGGGGUAGGCAGGCCGCAUGUUUAAAUUAGUCCCGGCACAACUGUCGUGCGUACAACAUGUACGAAUCAACCAUGAGAAACGAGCCCUCAUCAAAGGACGAUCUCGAAGACGAAAAACGUUGAAAAAAAAAAAUACUUUUUAUCAACAAUUUUUUUUGUUUUUAGUGAAAAAGUAAACUAUUUAAAAAAAAACCACCCCCCCCCCCCUCGGAAAUAAAUAAUACCAAUUGUGUGAAUGUGAAAAAAAAUAAUAAUGUUUCUAUUAAGGGUAGUUUUGUUAUUAUCUGCCCAUUGGGUAGUGAGUGCGGAUUUAUUGGAUUUGUUUGUUGAACACAUGGAUGAAGAGAUGAAAACACCGGAAUAUAAAAAACAUCAUCAUAGAGAGCCAUUGAGACAACGUAUGAGAAAUAAAAGAAGUGUUGUUGAAAGUCCUUUUUUUAGAAUUGGUAACUAUAGAAGACAGAGGCUUGAUGUUGAUGAAAAUUGGAGUAAAUCAUCAAAUCAUAAUAAUAAAACAUUUAAGAACGAUGGUCUUGAAUAUCCAAAUAAACAGGAAAUGAAUAAUGAACAAGAACAAUAUGAAUUGUUAAAUGCAAUUGAUGAAUUAGCAUUAUCAAAAUAUGAGAAUAAUAUGAAAGAAUUACCAAUUAGUAAAUAUUUUCAGAAAGAUAUUUUAAAAAAUCAACCGAAAAUUGUACCGAAAAAAUAUUUUACCAAUGAAAAAUAUAGAAUUAAAGCUAGUUUUGAUGUGAUGAAACGAAAGAGAAGUGUUGAGGAUGAUGAUGAUGAUGAUGACGAUGAUGAUAUUAAUUUUAGUAGAAGUGAAAUUCUAGAUGAAAAUGGAGAUGUUUUACUUGAAUGGGAUCCAUCUGAUGAGAAUAUUGUCACGUUCAAGGUCACUGCUAGAACAUUGGGAUAUAUUGGAAUUGGCUUCAAUGAGAAGAGUCAUAUGAAGGGUGCUGAUCUUAUUUUAGCUUGGGUUAAUGAUCACACACAGCAAAUCAGCUUAUUGGAUUCUCACGGUCUUGAGGAGUCAAAUACUGCACCAGUGACGGAUGUAUCUCAAGAUGUUGAAAUUGUCGAUGGCUAUCAAAAUGAAACUCACACGACGAUUAUAUUCUCGAGAAAGUGGGAAACGUGUGAUCCAGAGGAUAAGCCAUUAAAUGGUGAUACGAUUAGAGUACUUUGGGCAAUUCAUCCCAAUGAUCCUGAAUUAAAUUCGGCAGCUUUUCAUGGUGAAAAACGUGGUGGUAGGGCCCUACGACUAAAGGCACCUGCACCACAUCCACCACCACCACCCAGAAGUCCUGAUGUACAAUUCUGGGAUAUUAAACUCAACCAGUUUGCUGUUUCCGAUACAACGGACACUGAAUAUUGGUGCAAGAUUUUUAAAGCUCCAAUGAUUGAAAAACAUCACAUGAUUGGGUACACUCCACUUGUGGAGAAGGCGAAUGAGGCUCUUGUACACCACGUGAUUUUGUACGAAUGUGUUUCGACUUCACCGACCCUUGGAAAACAUACGAAACUUGCUGGGGCGCAUUGCUAUAGUCCAACGAUGCCAAGAGAAUGGGAAUCCUGUCUGCAACCAGUACUCGCCUGGGCUCGUGGAAGCAAAGGAGAAUGGUUUCCUGAACACAUUGGAAUUCCAGUGGCGGAACAUAAAGAAGGAACAUAUUAUAUGUUGGAAGUUCACUACAACAAUCCGGGUCAUAAGAAAAUUAUUGAUAGCAGCGGUGUGAGAAUUCAUUACACUUCUAAUCUUCGUAAAAAUGAAGCCGGUAUUCUCGUUGCUGGAGUGGCUGUGACUCCUCUUCAUGUGGUUCCCCCUCGGCAGAAGAAAUAUGCGACUGCUGGAUAUUGCACUCAAGAUUGCACAAAUAUGAUGUUGCCGAACAAUGGUGUAAAUGUUGUGUCAGUUGUUCUUCAUUCACAUUUGGCUGGUAGAAAAUUGAGUUUAAAACAUAUUCGAGAAGGCAAUGAACUGCCACCAAUUGUUCAAGAUAAUCAUUUUGAUUUUGAUUAUCAACAAUCUCAUACAUUGGAGAAAGAAGUAAAAAUUUUACCCGGUGAUGAAAUUGUCGCUGAAUGUGUUUAUGGUACACUCGAUAGAAAACGACCCACAUUGGGUGGUUAUGCAGCAUCACAAGAAAUGUGUUUAGCAUUUGUUGUUCAUUAUCCAAGAACAGAACUUGCCGCCUGUUACAGUAUGACACCUGUAAAAGAUCUUUUCAAAACAUUGGGCAUCAAUACAUUUAAAGGCAUUUCAAUGGAUCAUCUUGAAAAAAUUUUCCUCAGUACUGGAUUUGAUGCUUUGGCUCUGCCAACUUUAACGAAACAACAGCAUUCAGUGUAUCCGGCUGUUCAGCCAAAUGAUAAAAUUGAUAAACAAUUGGUGAAAGAAGCAGAAUCUGCUUUAAGAGCGUUGAGAGAUUAUAAAGAAGCUGAUAAUAAUGAUGAAUUAUUUUCAACUCUUAUUAUAGAGGAACCUUCCGAAUUUAAAGGUCGUACCUUUGCAGAGCAUAUGCUAGCUAUACCUUGGACGGAAGAACUUCUUUCAAGAUCUAUUGAAAAAAGUUUAUAUCACGGGAAACAUAUGACGUUUUGCAGAAUGAGAAACGACAAUCUUGCUAUGCCUGCAACAAUUCAAAGUUUUCCAAAUUACACAACACUACCCGAACCGAACAAUACAUUUUGCUCCGAAAUGAAAAGACUAUCAAGCUCUGUUGAAUUUUCAUCGUCAAAUUCAUUUCUUGUGAUUUUCACAUUAAGUGUUUCACUAUGGUGGAAUUUUCGUUGACAAAACAAAUUUAACAACGAAUAAUUUUUGAAAGCAAAUUCGCUUUUAUUACUGUGUAUAUUUUUCAAAACUGUAAAUUGGCUCUGACUUAUUUAUUUUCUAGUUAUCGAGAGUAUUUUUUUUUUUUUAUUUUUAUUUUUAACGUAUAGUUAAGAGAUAUUUUUGCAAUUAUAUAAUUGGUUGUUCGAAACAAACCGAGAAAAAUUGUAAAAAGAAAUAUUUUUUUUUUUAGGAUAAAAAUGAUUUUAAAAAGAAGAAUCUUUUUUAUUUAAAAAAAAGUCAAAAUUUUCGAAAAAUUUUGUAUUUACUGCGUUUUUAGUUUGUACGUCGAUAUGUAAAUAUAUUUAUGUAAGUAUCGCAAGUGUAAGUUUUUUUUUUUAAAUAAU